AAUUAGUGAAGGCAGAUGAUGAUGUUCUUACUUUCAGGGACCUCGUAUGAGCGUGUAUGGUUCUGGGCUUUAUAGCUUCGUGGGUUGAGAAGGGGGGCGGGGCAGGAUGGGCGGAGCGACGUCGUCGAUGGCGUCGAAGUUGGCAUUCUUCCCGCCGGAGCCGCCGUCGUACAGGGUGGUGGGGGACGAGGAAACGGGGCGGCUGAAAAUGACGGUGGACGUGGAGGGGAGGGGAGGCCACCACGUGGAAGUGGUGAAGGCGCGGACUAGGAGAGGGAAUGAGAUUGUGGGCAUGUACGUGAAACACCCAUCGGCCUCCUUGACUCUGCUCUACUCCCAUGGCAAUGCCACUGACAUUGGCCAGAUGUACACCAUCUUCGUCGAGCUCAGUGAUCAUCUCCAUGUCAAUAUUAUGGGGUACGAUUAUUCUGGAUUUGGACAAUCUUCUGGGAAGCCAAGUGAGCAUGACACAUAUGCUGAUAUAGAGGCUGCUUACACAUGCUUGGAAGAGCAGUAUGGGGUUAAGGAGGAAGAUGUCAUCUUGUAUGGGCAGUCAGUAGGGAGUGGACCAACUCUGGAAUUGGCUACUCAUCUUCGUAACUUGAGGGCUGUAGUCCUCCACAGCCCGAUCUUAUCCGGGUUUCGAGUUAUGUAUCCCGUGAAGCGCACGUACUGGUUCGAUAUUUACAAGAAUAUCGACAAAAUCCCACUAGUCAAUUGCCCAGUUUUGGUGAUGCAUGGGACUGAUGAUGAGGUUGUGGAUUGCUCUCAUGGUAAGCAACUUUGGGAGCUCUGUAAAGAGAAGUAUGAGCCCUUGUGGCUUAAAGGAGGAAACCACUGCAACUUGGAGCUUUACCCAGAGUACUUGAAGCAUCUCAGGAAGUUCAUUUCAGCCAUUGAAAAGUUGCCUCGCCCUCAAAAUGGAUCCAAACAAAGUAUUGACCCAAUAGAGCAGCAUCAGGGCAAUAUCUCAGAGAAGAAUGACACUUCUAGGCUAAGUACAGACCAUAAAGCAAAGCCUAGACUUAGCAAUGGGCAGAAAGAGAAGUCCAGAGCAAGCAUGGACGGCAAAGAGAAGGCAAGAGCUAGCACUGGCAAGAGGGAUAGGCCGAGAAGGAGCCACGAUCACUCUUCGAAGGCAAGGAACAGCGCAGAUGGCUCAGAGAAACCACGGAACAGCAUUGAUCGGCUGGUGAAAUCAGUUAGACUAUGCAAUGUUGAUUGUUUCAAGCAGACAGCAGCCGAAGCAUGAGAUUGUUAAAGGCUACGUGAACGGUACAGAUGCUGCACUUUUCAUCAACUGUACCAGAUCUCAGUAACUAGUCUUUCUCUUCAAUUCUUAUCUCAAGAUUUACAUACAUACAUAUAUAUAUAUAUAUUAAGUGUUGAAAAUUAUACAUAUUAUUGUUUGCUCAGAGAAGCAAGUGGAAUUUGAAUGUCUAUUCCACUCCUCACGGUAA